UUCGCGAGCGCCUCUGCUGGCCUUUGAGAUGGGCUUCACUCGUUAGCCUUGAUUUUUUUUUUUUCUUCCAAUCAUCCCCCUCGCAUAUCCACUUUUAUUUUUAUUACAAAGAAACGCCCGUCCGCGAUGACAUUAGAAGGUGAACUGGCAGACAGGGUCAGCCAGGUGAUUUCAGAACUGGUUGCGGUGCAGGCUGGCUGGCUUGCAGGUUUCAGUUCCUGUGCCGUGCAGUAAAGCAACUUGGUCGGUCAAAGGAUUGCAAUGAAACCAGCACAGGAGCGCAACCAGGAGAGCCUGCCUCCUAAGAAGAGGGACCUCCCUCUCAGCAACAGCGGCGGCAGCGUCGGAGGGGCGGGAGGGGGCGGAGCUACGGGAGGCGGCAGCAGCGCUGCUGGCGGAGGUAACGGAGAAGCCGAAGUUGUUUCCAUCCACAACUCUGCAGCCGGCAGUGAGACUCAGGGAGGGAACCCAUCAGGAGAGUGGCCACGAACUCAUCCGGAGCAUCACUAUAGGGUGGAUAAUUCAGAGAGCAUCUCAGCGGGGCCUGUCGAUCAGUACAGUAUGAUUUACAAAGUGGCUGUUCCUUCUGUUACCUACUCGCAAACUAGCCUCCACCCAGUGUUAAGCCACAUCUCGCCCACGUACACCGUACACUCUCCUCUCCUGCAGCAUCCAGGCCUUCCCUAUCCUCCUCUGGGUUACGCUCACAUCCCUCAUCCGUCUCUCCAGUUUGUCAGUUCCCCGUACGCCGCGGUUCCUUACGCCGUCCCGUCCGGCUUCGUCCCUGGAUCGCUGAUUUCUCCAUCGGGCGCCAUCCCUCAGCCUCACGCCGUGUCCCACCUGGUUCCCUAUCCAUCCGUCAUACAGGACGGAGUGGUUUCCCCGCCUCCCCAGACUCAAGCUCAUACGUUUACCAAAGUUGCAGCGCCAGGCGGCGUCCCGCUGAUGAUGUCUUCAGAGCAAGCCGCCCAGCAGCACAUCGGUACUAUCGGAGUCAUACCUGCCCCAGAGCUCAGCUCCAGAGGGAUGCCGGUCUUCUACCAGCCCCAGGGCAGCCGGGGCGUGUCCGGCCCCGGCGACCUGCACAACGACGCGGAGCUUAACGGCAGCGAUAAAGAGCAGGGAGUCAGAGAGGUGCUGCAUGACUCUGCCUACACUUCCAGAAAUGCACAUCUGCAGCAGGUAGUGUCCAGCUCUGCAGCGCAGGAGCACAGCCAAGAAAGGGCCCUGCAGAACCGACGCCUGGAAGGCCGAAGCUCUCCUGGUCAGCGCAGCACUCCGGACAGCGAUCUGGAGGUGCAGCAGGUCGUUGGCCGCCUGGCUACCUCGAGUCAAGGUGUCGGCGGGGUGCGGAAGGAGGUCUCGUUUGCCCCUUUGAAUCUCUCUCAGGGGGUCCAAAGAACCAGAGACGUCCACGGGGAGAGCCCGGCUGUUUCCAGCAGGGCUGUGCAUUCGGCACAGCCGCUGAGUUACGUUGAACACAAAGUCGGCGGUCUCCAGCAGCAGCCGGGUCACGCCGUCAUGCUGACCAACGGGCAGCCGGUGCUCGUUCCUCUCGACUAUCACCUGCAGCAUCAGUCCCAGCCGCAGCAACACUACCCAGGACAGGCGAGCGACGCCGCAAAGGCCUCCAUUAACCCAAGCUUUAAAACCUCAGAGUCUCCAGGCAGAGCCGGCCUCCCUGAGAAGGUGGAGCCGACCACAGCUAAGCAGCAGCAUCAUUAUCAUCAUCAGCAGCAGCUGCAGCUGCAGCCUUCUCUACAGCCAUCAGUCCACUCUGCAGCAGAGUUAACUCAGGCUUCGGGCGUCCCGGCGGCGGUGGCGGCGGCAGCACCUGGCAGUAACCCGUCACAUUUCAUGAAGGGGGCGAUUAUCCAGCUGGCCACCGGGGAGCUGAAGCGUGUGGAGGAUCUGCAAACUCAGGAUUUUGUGCGAAGUGCAGAGGUCAGCGGAGGGCUCAAGAUCGACUCCAGCAUGGUGAUGGACAUCCGGUCCAGCCAGCAGAGACCGGGUCUGGUGUCUCUGCAUUUCACGGUGGGGGAGCAGCAGAGCAAGGUGACCAUCGACGUCCCGCCAGAGCACCCGUUCUUCGUGUUCGGCCAGGGCUGGUCGUCGUGCAGCCCUGAGCGCACUGCCCAGCUGUACGGCCUGACCUGCCACCUCCUGCAGGUGGGGGACAUGUGCGUGUCCAUCACGCUGCAGCAGCAACAGCUUCAGCCGCAGCUGCAGAAGCAACCGCAGCAUCACAACUCGCAGCAGCAGCAGAACGUGUCGAGAACUUUAGGCAAAAGCAGCGUGGCGUUGGGACCCGGUCACCAGCUCAUGGGGCCUCCCGCACCCCAACAGCUGCGGCCGCAAGCUCACUUCAGGAUGGAUCGCGUCCACAGAGAGCGGCAGCAGCGGGACGGCGAGGGCGGCGUGCUGGAAAAGGACGAAGCACAUUUAGCGGUUGUUGGACACACUGAAUCCCCCGUCCGGCGAAGUCGGACCUCCACGGAGCAUCCCAGGAGUCAGAGCAGCUACCACUUGCACACAGAGGGCUCUGCUUUCGCCGGGACCGGCAUGACCGCCAUGCAGGCCGCACUUGGCGCCUCUCAGAGGCGCUGGUCGUCGCCCGGCCUCCAAAGAUACAGCAUGAAGGGAGACGAAGGGCCACGCCCUCAGAUAAUCGCCUCUGGCCACACGAGGCCUUCUUUCAUCCCGCAGGAGGUGAAACUGUCCAUCGAGGGGCGCUCCAACGCAGGGAAGUAGCAUCACAUUUGGUAGCAACCGUAGGAGAGACUGCCAGGAGCGAGAACGAGUCUGACAAGGAGAGAAAGAGGAAAAAAACAGUGUGAAUGUAGCCUCAGAAUGUUUGAGAUUUUGCACACCUAAAAGUAUACAAAGACACAUGAUUUUGUUGAUCUUCUUGAGAAGUUUUGCUUCGAUGUUACUCAGCCACGAAAAACAGAAACCUUCGGUUUCCCAGCCUGCUGAGGUCUGACAGGAAAAUGGAAAGCUAAGUAGAACGUAUGUAGCUUAUGAACGCCUGCCAUAGUCCUUACACACUGCUUUUCUCUUCCUCGCUCCCUCCUUCGUCUCCACCUCCUUGUACCCACGCCUGGACGUUUUCACUAAAAACACUUUGGCUUUACCUUCUGACUAAAACUCUCUCAAUGGGAAACACAACAGAGUGUGCAGUCUCAAAGCACAGCUACCAACUCUGAUGUUAAAAAUCACAGCCAGCGAUCUUUAGAUGUCAACACUCCUAAAAAAAUUUUAUCUCUUUAUAUUUAUAAAGCAUUUACCCCCCACAAAAGUGGAGCCACUGACAUCAGCAGGGCCUGUGAUGUCGUCGAUUAAAACCUCUGCUGUCAGCAGGAAAUCUCUCUCUCUAAGUCAUUCAUUUUCAGCAAGUCAGUCUCCAAAGAUAGAUGCAAGAUUCUGUUUCAGGCCAAAAAUGGCGCCUCUCGCACGUCUUACAAUCGAGUAGUUCACCAAUCAAUUUCCUGUUCCUUCAUUUAGCGCUAGUGCGGCAGGAACUGAAAUGAUGCCUUUCUCCUCUCUGAAACGACAACGUUUUGCAUUCCAGUGUGAUUGUGUCGUUUAGAGUACAUUUCUUUCUCCCCCGCUUCCCUCUGUACCUCACAGCUCUUCUCGACCAGGUUGAUGAACUUUGGUGCAUUUUAAUGUAAUUACUGCAGGAGGCGCCGACUGCUUCUCACCAAAGCCUUGAGAGAAAAAUCCACCUGUUGCAUCUUGCAGUUUGCCCUGAAAGGAGAAUAUGUGAGUGUGAGUGAGACAGCGUUGAAGCUCGAGUCUGUCUUUUCUCAGUUCCUUUAAAGAAAGCAAUAGUUUCUUGUUUUUUUUUGUUUAGUCCCCCCCCCCCACCCCCCUCCAAGCUUUUGGCUGUCCCGGAAAUGUCAUUGUCUGGUCCUCUUCCAGAGGUGAUGCACCAUUUUGAUCUUCUGUUAAUUCAGGCAGCAUUUAAGCUAAAUUAUUGGCUCAUUAAUUUUCCAAAAUGCAUCUUCAGGAGGCUCUAGAUUAACAGGUUGCUUGUGCAUCAUUUUCUAAUGUCUUCUGUUGUCCACUGUGUUCAUUCAGUCCACCCUACGUAGGAAUCUGUGCUUUCUUCAUGUUUUUAUCUCGUUGAUUGAAGGGAAUUUGUUUGAAGUGUUGUUGGAGUUUUGUGGCAAGCGAAGAAGAAGAAAAA